AUGAACAACGAGAAGGUUAUUCUCCUCAAUGACAAAGAAGAUGAUCUAGGAGACAAAAAACUACUGCGUAAAUUGGAUUGGCACUUGAUUCCAACUAUGACAUUUCUCUAUCUAUUGAGUUUUCUCGAUCGAGUUAAUAUUGGCCAGGCAAAACUUGAUGGUCUAACAGUAUCACUAAAGCUGAGCAGUAAUCAAUAUAAUACAUGUCUGAGUGUGUUUUUUGUUCUUUACGUUGUGCUUGAGAUUCCCUCAAAUCUAAUACUCAAACGACUUCGACCUAGUCGAUGGAUACCAAUGAUCAUGGUGGGAUGGGGCAUCGUGAUGACAUUGAUGGGUUUAGUAAAUUCGUAUGCAGGUCUUCUUAUAUGUCGUCUAUUUUUGGGUGCUGCUGAAUCAGGUCUCUUUCCAGGUGUCAACUUCUAUCUGUCGAGUUGGUAUAAGAGACGCGAACUCUCGUGGCGUAUAAGUAUUUUUUUCUCAGCUGCUGCCCUUGCUGGCGCUUUCGGUGGUGUACUCGCCUAUGGUAUCACUAAGAUGGGUGGUGUUGGCGGACAAGAAGGUUGGCGCUGGAUAUUCUACCUUGAAGGCAUCGCCACAGUAGUUGUUGGAGCAAUAGCCUUCUUUUUUAUUAACGAUUUUCCUUCUGACCGACCAAAAUUUCUCACCGAGUCUGAAUACAAUCGUGUCAUGACUCGACUACAAACCGAUGCUGGUGCUGGAGCCAGUGAGCAUUUCAGCUGGAAACAAGUCUUCGCCGCUCUAUCGACAUGGAAAGUCUAUGCUUGGUCGUUGUGCUAUAUUAGCAUACUUGUUCCUUUCUAUUCGCUGUCGUUUUUCUCGCCAACGAUUAUUCAGAAUCUUGGUUUUAUUACCUAUCAGGCUCAACUGCUCAGUGCACCGCCGUAUGUAUUCGCUUUUUUUACUACGAUGAUCACGGCCUACGUGUCUGAUAAAUAUGCUCAUCGAAGUAUCUUUAUCAUAGCCUGGCUAUCUGUUAGCAUAGUUGGCUAUACUAUUUUGAUAACACUUGAGAACUUGGUUGUUAAGUAUCUAGCUGUGGUACUUGUAGCUGGUGGUCUUUCUCCAUGCAUAGCUACUUGUAUUGCUUUUAUAUCAGGCAACGUGAGUCCCCAUACAAAACGAGCAACUGCAUUAGCAUUCAUGAUAUCGGUAGGCAACAUAGGUGGAAUAAUCAGUGGACAACUCUAUCGUACACAAGAUGCACCUCGUUUUAUCCUUGGUCAUACCAUCAAUCUGGGUUUCUGUGCACUCGGCUUAAUCAGUGUUGUGAUCCUUCUGUUUGGUCUUCGAGCAGAAAAUAAACGGCGUGACCGCCUAUAUGGACCUAUCAAUGCACCAAUGGUGUUACCGGAUACAGAGGUGCAAAGCUCCGAUACGUUUGAUGUAGUUAGUGAAGAGGAUAGACGCCGAUGGGGCUAUGAAUACAUGUCGGAGAAAGAAAUUCUUGAUUUGGGCGAUCAACAUGCUGCUUGGCGCUAUAUUCUUUAG